AUGGCUUUCUUGUCAAAAGUUUUUGGUGAUAAACUGCAAUCUAAUUCAUCAUCUCAUCCAAGAUCUCCUGCAUCAUCUCCAAGAUCAUCAUCAAACUUAACUCCAAUGAAUUCAUCUACUUCUACAUCAUCAUCAAUAGCUCCAUCAAAAUCACCUUCUUCAACAAAUAAUUAUAAAUCAUUAACCUCAUCUAGCCCCACAAAUUAUUCUGUUUCAAUAACUUUAGAAUCUCCUCCUAUUAUACUAUAUGGAAGUCCUACUGAGUCAACUGGAUCAAUAAUAUCUGGUUUAUUGAGAUUAAUUACUAUCACAAACAUUGAAUUAGAGAGUGUAACAUUAUCCUUAAUACAAACUAUGAAAUAUACAAAACCAUUUAUUUUAUCAAAUUCAUCAUCGAAUUGUAAAGAUUGUACAAUAAGGAAAGAAGUAUUAGCAAGAUGGGAUGUUUUAACUUCUAAAUCAAAUUUCACACCAGGUAAUCAUGCAUAUCCAUUUUCACAUCUUUUACCGGGAUCAUUACCACCAACAUCAAAAUUAGGUUCAUCAAAUUCAAAUUCUUAUAUAAAAUAUGAUCUUAUAGCAGAAAUUAUUGCACUUGAUUCAUCACAAAGUAAAAAAUUGACUUUACCAAUAAAUGUGAGUCGACUGAUAUUAAGAGGACCAGAUCGUAAUUCCUUGAGAAUUUUCCCACCCACUGAUGUAACAGCUAGUGCUGUAUUACCUAAUGUCAUAUACCCAAAAUCUACUUUCCCAAUAGAGUUAAAAUUAGAUAAUAUGGUAAGUAAUAAUCAACAAAGGAGAUGGAGAAUGAGGAAAUUGGGUUGGAGAAUAGAAGAAGAUAUAAAAGUAAGAGCUCAUGUAUGUGAGAAACAUCAACUGAAAUUGGAAUCAUUAAAAAAACAACAUCAAAAACAACCACAAAAAAGAGAGAAAACGUCCGGUAUGCAUCAUAGUACUAUUCAUACUCACACUUCAUUAAUUUCUAAUCCAAGUAUACAAAAUUCAAAUGAUAUACCAAAUAUAGACAAUGAACAACCAGCAGAUCAAAUAGUAGAUGAUGGGAGUCACGAUAUAGAAGAAACAAUAAGGUCUGGACCUUCAAAUGCACAUCAAAAUUUCUUAGAAGAUUUUGGAGAUUCAAAUAUUAGAACUACCGAAGAAGCAGCUGUUAGUCCAAGUACGAAUAAUACAGUCAAUACAUUAACCCCUCAAAAUUCAACAUCAACUCAAAAUCAAUUAGAAAAUGAGAAACAUAUUUAUUUUGAAGAAACAAGAACAAUAAGUUAUGGAGAAAUAAAAUCAGGUUGGAAAUCAGAUUUUACAGGUAAAGGUAGAAUUGAAUUAGUUGGAAAUAUAAGUGCAAAUAAAUUUUCAACAGGUUCAAAUAAUCAUAUAACAAAAGUAAGUACUGAUGAUAAUUAUAAAAUUGAUAAUGAUUUUUCAAAUGGUGCUAAUGUAUCUUGUGAUAUUGAUGAUCCAAAUUUAGGUAUAUUUGUAAAUCAUACCUUAAUUGUUGAGGUUGUUGUUGCAGAAGAAUUAGUUCAUAAUGUUGAAAAUAAAAAUUUAAAUGGGUUGAGACCAGUCAUAUCAAAUAGUAGAGGUGCAACUAUAUCAUCAAGAAGAAGAUCUUCAUCAUCAUCUGGUUCUCAUCAUGGUAAUUCAUCACCAACUUUAACUCCUCAUACAUCAAACCCCAUACAAUCUUCAAGUUCUAAUCAACAACCUCAAAAUAUACCAAUGGGAGUUCCAACUGGUGCAGCAAGAGUUUUAAGAAUGCAAUUUAAAUUACCAGUAACUGAAAGAUCAGGAUUGGGUAUAGCAUGGGAUGAUGAAGUACCACCAACUUAUGAAGAUGUACGAACAUUAAGUCCACCAAAUUAUAAUGAUCCUGCAACAAUAUUAAAUAAUUUAGUAACUCCACCAACAACACAAGCUACAAUUCAUGAAACAACACCAAAUAUUUUAUAUGGUAGAGGUGAUACCCCAUUAGUUGGUAGUUUUGCAUUACAAGCACAAAUUAGUCAUUCAAGUAUAGAUGGAGUUGUUGAUAAUAUUCAAGAACUAUCUAUAUAA